GGGCGGGGCGGGCUGAGCGCAGCUGGGUCUGCAGGCGCGGCGGGUGGGACGGGCAGCAGCAUGGCGGCGACGGCGGCGGCGGGCGAGGCGCGCCGGGUGCUGGUGUACGGCGGCAGGGGCGCGCUGGGCUCGCGAUGCGUGCAGGCCUUCCGGGCCCGCAACUGGUGGGUUGCCAGCAUCGACGUGGUGGAGAAUGAGGAGGCCAGCGCCAGCGUUGUUGUUAAGAUGACAGACUCCUUUACUGAGCAAGCUGACCAGGUGACCGCCGAGGUUGGAAGACUCCUGGGUGAAGAGAAGGUGGAUGCGAUUCUUUGCGUGGCUGGAGGCUGGGCCGGGGGCAAUGCCAAGUCCAAGUCUCUUUUUAAAAACUGUGACAUGAUGUGGAAACAAAGCCUGUGGACAUCCGCCAUCUCCAGCCACCUGGCCGCCAAGCACCUCAAGGAAGGAGGCCUCUUGACCUUGGCCGGGGCCAAGGCUGCCCUGGACGGGACUCCUGGGAUGAUCGGCUACGGCAUGGCCAAGGGUGCUGUCCACCAGCUGUGCCAGAGCCUGGCGGGGAAGAACAGUGGCUUGCCGCCCGGGGCCGCCGCCAUCGCCGUGCUCCCGGUUACCCUGGAUACCCCGAUGAACAGGAAGUCGAUGCCUGAGGCUGACUUCAGCUCCUGGACACCCUUAGAGUUCCUGGUUGAAACCUUCCAUGACUGGAUCACAGGGAAAAACCGACCCAGCUCAGGAAGCCUGAUCCAGGUGGUAACCACAGAAGGAAGGACGGAGCUUACCCCUGCGUAUUUCUAAGCUUCUUCGCUGUGCCCAGGAAGAGCUUCCAGAGGAGCCACUAACCUGUCUCCGUAUGCCCGCGCCCAGCCCUGUGUGUCCUGUUGUCCUGUCUGUGGUUCAAGGUGGCAAGUCCGGUUUCUGCUCACCUUCUGUGCGUCUGUUUUGGACAUCAUAAUAAUGUGUUUAGAGGAGCUGGCAGGUGCGACAGGAGGUGGCAUUCGCACGGACAGACAGCCGAGGAGGUCUCCGAGUGACCCAUCCACAUUGGUGCCGGGUUGGAUUGCUCUUGAGACUCAUCUGCCCCUGACAGCGCCAUCAUCUUCAUGAGCGUGGUGACAUGUUGCUAUUUGGGGCCUUUUGAGGGCCAGGUUACCCUUGAAUGUCACAUUUGUGUUGUAGAUAUAGUUUUAGUGGCCUUGAAUUAAACUGCCUUAAAACUGUCUUUGUGGUGUGAGCAAAACAUCCUGUAGACCCUGUCCAGGUGUUGUGUUUUGUGUGCAGUUGCCAACUGCCCCUGGUCAGGUGCUCUGUGCAUGAGAGAACUGCUUGGGAGUCUCCGGAGUGGUUUUUUCUCAUCCAAAUAAAUGUACUUCGCUCAA